AGGAAUAUGUCUUUGGAUUGGGAGAGGAAACUAUUUCUCUAUUUGUAGCUAAGUUUAGGUGAAUAUGUUUGAUUUAAUAGUAGUGUUUUUAUAUAUUUGACUUGUCUUGUUGCUUUGUUCUAAUAUAUUAAUUUUGUUGUUUAAUUAUUUUCAUUUCAUCUUCUGAAUAUUUUCUCCGAUGUAAUUUGACACAGUCUGUUUCUAUGCAAUAUCAAAUUAAUUUAAUUCUGUGUAUGAUUUGGAUAAGGAGUGGCACUCAUACUCUGUAAUAGAGUGAUAUAAAGAUGAAGUUUAAUAAUAUUUUUUUUCUUCCUUUAACUAGAUUAAGCUCUUAUUAUAUUUGUACAGCUGGAUUAAGGUUCACAGAAGAUAACAACGUUUUCAUAAAAAAAGAGAGGCAAACAAAUAUAUGUGUGUUGUUUUUUUUUUUUUUUUUUUUUGUAACACGAAAUAUAUGUGUGUUGUUGAUAAGUUCGCUUUAAGUGGAAAACGAGUGGGGUAUGAAACUUUCCUCUUUUGGAAGUGGAACCUUUAUUGAAAUGAGUAAUUAUUAGUUUGUUUGCUUCUAAAUUUAGUAUCGCUUGUCGCUAUCACGAUGUCGACCGUUCUUCCUUUUUUCACGUGGACCGACUUGGACACCAUCUGAUACUAUUUUCAUGUAACACUUCAAUGUUACGCAUCUGUAAAUCACACCAUUACGUUACCAGUUCACGAGAUAGCUUUUUCAUUACAUUAUCUCGCUCGUUGAGCUUUAAUAUAAGCAUAAUAAGAUGGUUUUAUGUUAAAAAUUUGGGACGGUGAUUAUAUACUGGUAAUUGGUAAAUGGUAGUUAGAGAGACAAAGAUGAUGUCUGGACGAGAAGUAGAGUCAUCGACAAGACAUAAUGGAGGAGCUGGAGCUGGAGGAGGAGAGAAUCAUCCGUUUACUUCGUUGGGAAGACAAUCAUCCAUCUACUCAUUAACCCUCGACGAGUUCCAACACGCUCUCUGCGAGAACGGCAAAAACUUCGGGUCCAUGAACAUGGACGAGUUUCUCGUCUCUAUUUGGAACGCUGAGGAGAAUAACAACAACAACCAUCAAGCUGCAGCUUCUCAUCCCGUUCCACCGAAUCAUAAUGGUUUCAACAAUGGUGGAGGUGAGAGUGGAGUCUUUGGUGGUGGUGGUUCUUCAGGUAACCAAAGGGAUAAUAAAAGGCAAGGGAUAGCGAAGCAGCCGAGCCUUCCACGACAAGGCUCGUUGACACUUCCAUCUCCGCUUUGUAGGAAGACUGUUGAUGAGGUUUGGUCUGAGAUACAUAGAGGUGGUGGAGACAGCAAUGGACGUGGUACUAGUAGUAAUGGUCAAAACAAUGGUCAUAAAGGCGGUGGUCAUGAGAGUGCGGCUAGGCAACCAACGUUUGGGGAGAUGACGCUUGAGGACUUCUUGGUGAAGGCUGGUGUGGUUAGAGAACAUCCCACUAACCCUAAACCUAUUCUUAACCCGACCCCGUCUAGUGUUAUCCCCGCAGCUACGCACCAGCAGCAGCUCUACGGUGUGUUUCAAGGACCAGGGCAGGCACCACCGGUUCAACCAGGUGUUUGCUACGGCGGUGGUGGUGGUGGGUUUGGAGCGAGUGGACAGCAAAUGGCGAUGGUGGGACCGUUAAGUCCGGUGUCGUCAGAGGGGUUAGGACAUGGACAAGUGGAUAACAUAGGAGGUCAGUAUGGAGUUGAUAUGGGAGGGAUAAGGGGAAGGAAAAGAGUAGUGGAUGGUCCGGUAGAGAAGGUGGUUGAGAGGAGGCAGAGGAGGAUGAUCAAGAACCGUGAGUCUGCUGCUAGGUCUAGAGCUAGAAAGCAGGCAUAUACAGUGGAGUUGGAAGCAGAACUGAACCAGUUGAAAGAAGAGAACGCUCAGCUAAAACAUGCUUUGGGAGAGUUGGAGAGGAAAAGGAAGCAACAGUAUUUUGAGAGUUUGAAGACUAGAGCACAACCGAAGUUACCUAAAGCAAGCGGGAGGUUGCGGACAUUGGUGAGGAAUCCGAGUUGUCCGCUCUGAACAAAAAAAAAACAGUGAGAGACAGAGAGGAAAAGCUGAUGAUUUUAUAUGGUGUUGUUAGGUUGGUUUGUUUUGUCAUGAGACAUGAGAUAUGUAAAUCUUGUACGUUGAUGUUCUUCGUGUUGGUAGAAGGAACAUAUUCUGAUCUUCUCCACUUAUGUUCUUGUCGACAAGGAAGUGAUUCUCUGUUUCAACGUUAUGAAUCUUUGGAGAAUAUAGCAAGUGUUAUGUUACUAGUUUUA